AAAAAAAAUUAUUAGAUAAAAAUCUUAAAGGUACACUAUGUAACAUUAAGUGGUCCCUCUAGUGGUUAAAAACAAAACUGCAUGCAUUUUGCAGAAGAACAUUGUGCUUCGGCUGUUUAGAUGAUCUCAAGCUAUAAAAUAUAAACACUUACCAUAAUGAAUAAAGCUAAUUCAAAAUAGUUUUUGUCAGUUGCUUUGGCUCGUUUAUUGAAUGAGAUUUUUUUUUCACAUUUCAUGUCUCUAAACAAUAUUUUCUUUUUCAUGCCAGAUUUGAAUUUCUUAUUCAAUUAAGCGAAAUAUGUUUUGGAACGUGUGCAACAGAGUAAGUACAAUUGUCUACAAUUUGCACAAUAACUACAUGCACAUGGCUUUAUCAAAACUAAUGAGUUGAUUCUCAGUUAAACUGUCAAACAACUUCUACACAUUCUUUCAUUGUGUGAGCCUUCACAUGCAAAAAUAUCCAUUCUGUUAUCAAAAUCUGUCAGACAUUCAUGUGCUUUAUAAAACACAUCAGUAAUACCACCUUGUGAUUUUUCAUGAUUUUACUUGUCUUGAAAAGGGCAGGUUGUUAACAAGUGUCUAAAUGGUAAUACAGAGGCUAUCGUGGACAUUAAACUUCAUCCACUCACUAAUCGCUGUGUUCAUUUGUGUUCACUUGUGAAAAUUAUGAUGAUGAAAGAAACAUGCAAGAAUCAUUAACUUUUGUUGGUUACAGAGCUUAUUUUCUGCAAUAAUGCAAAAGCCAAUGGAAAAAUCCUUUUGGGUUUUAGUCGAGGGAACCAGGGUAAUGCUGACUUAAUGGGUUGGCCAACAAAAAUACAGAUAUAUAGGGAUAUUGAUUAAGUCAAAUUUAAUUUAAUGUUUCUUGUGCGUCUGCUAUAAGAUGCUAGAAAUGAAACACAUUUCAGUGAAGCCGUGUCAGCCUUAUCCAAUGAAUGAACAUGUAUUGUACUAGAUUUUGCCCAGUUUAAAGGCCAAUGAAAGGUCCUGAUUGCAUGUUUAGCUCAUCUAAAACAGGCCACUUUAAAGAGCCGUCUAGGUCUGCGGCAUCAUAAUAGGUGUCAUGGCAACUGAAUCAGACUGUCGCCAUGGCAAUGAUCACAGGACUUCACAAGUAGGAUGAUGAAAGGAGAGAAACGGUGGAUAAUAUAUGUGUGCACUUUCAUUUGUUUAUAAUUGAAGCAUGUUAACACCAAAAACCCAACAUUGGCAGAUAAUGAUAAACCAAAAAAAACCUCAGUGCAUCUUAAUGGCCAACACUCAUAUCCUCACUACAUGCACUUGCUGUUUAAGUUUCUCUCUUUGAGCCUGUGACUCUGUAGAGCAGGUGAAUACCGCCAGCCUGUUGCAUCUUGCGGAUGCUGCCGAGGGUUGUUGUUAUACAGAAUUAAAGCUUCAUGUGCCCAAUUGAAGUUGAUGUUUAUGAUACAUGCUGUGUGGACGCCUCACGGCGAGCAGCUGUGGAGGUUUGUCAGCACUGCUAAGCAUUUACCGGGAGAAAGGGAGGGGUGAUCCCUUUGUGCCCGGGCCUCCUGUAGUCUCCUCCACUGGAAUUAAUUAGCCUCUUUCUGACAGAAGACACCCUUCCAUUGCAGCCCGUGCCCUCAAACACACACUGACAUCAGGACAGACAUACAGACUGACUGACGGAGUAUAAAACAUCAGACUUGGAAUGGCAAUAAAAGAGGAGCUGAGGAGCCGUCAGUUUUGGCAGGGGAUUUUGGCAGAGGUUCUUGGUUCCUUGGUCUUUGUAUCUGCUGUGUUGGGCUCUUUAGUGCCGGGGCCGGACGGGGUCUCCCCGGGGCCCAUCUACCCUGCACUUGCUGCUGGUAUGGCAACUGUGGUUCUGGGAUAUUGCUUUGGUGAAAUCAGUGGGGCUCAGGUGAAUCCUGCAGUGACUGUGGCGCUCUUGGCCACGCGUAAGGUGGAUGUGUUCAGGGCGCUGGUUUAUCUGGUUGCCCAGUGUUUGGGGGGGAUCCUCGCCACUGGCCUUAUGUACCUGACGCUGCCCCUAAAGUCCACCGCACAGAACUACAUCAACAAGGUCCCAGUGGAAAUGAACGCAGGUCAAGCUCUUGCGAUGGAGAUGCUUGCCACGUUUGUCCUGGGUUUCACCGUAUUUUCUGUGGAAGAUCAACGCAGGAGAGAAAUAAAUGAACCUGGAAACUUAGCCAUUGGGUUUGCUGUAACCACUGCAAUCUUUAUCGCUGGGAGAUUUUCUGGUGCCAGCUUGAAUCCAGCUCGCUCCCUUGGUCCUGCUAUAAUACUUGGAUAUUGGGAACACCACUGGGUUUACUGGAUCGGGCCAAUAUUAGGUGCAGUCCUGGCUGGAGUAUCCCAUGAGUUUAUUUUUGCCCCCAGUGCAUCCAGACAGAAGCUAGUGGCUUGUCUGACCUGUAAGGACAUUGAGAUUGUGGAGACGGCCAGCGUGUCUCGAUCGUCCCUGUCCACCGUCACACAGAGCGCCAUGAGAAACAAACAAAGCAACAAACUGGAGCACAGCUAAGCUCAGAUUCAGCUGAUUAAGAGUUCAGUUUUUUUUUAUAUUUAAUCAAUGUCACAAACAACCAGUUGCUGGGUGUUAUUCAUGAAACAUGAACAGAACAAAUUUUGUGUCAUUUCUUCAUAACCAUUCUUACAUAAAUUGCACAAUGCAAGUUAUUAAGAACAGAUUUAAGAAUCAUUUACACAAAAGUCUGUCCUGCUCGUGUUUCACAAAUGAGGCCGAUCGAGUGGAAAAUGUUACCACAUAUUUCCAUAAAGUCUGUAAAUAUUCUAAGAAAAUGUUUUCAUACUAGAAUGUUCUAUUGUGGAUCAGAUGCAGUAUGGCCUAGUACUGUCUUAAUUGGUCUCUGAAAAAUGAAUGCUGUUUGUACAAAACCCUCAGUUUGAACAUGAGUAGUUAUAAAAGUGCCAAACAUAUGCCUAUGUGGCUUUAGCUUGCUAUUAUGGUUCAAUAAUAUUAAAUAUGGUAACACUUUAUUUAGAUUAUCCACUUUAGACAUUCUACUAACUAUAAGUAACUUUGCAACUACAUGUCAACUAACUCUCAACAGAGUAUUAGUAGACUGUCUGCUUAA